AGUUCGGGAUAAAAAUAAAUUAGAAGGGCUCAAAAUCAGAUAAAACGAUGAAACAAAUUAAGGAGACUUUUUGAUUCCAAAAAUUGCUUCUUCGUAUGUAACGGCCAACUGUAUCGGAGUAAUCCAGUCGGUCUUCGGAACUUUGUAAUAAUCGCACUCACCGUCUUCCCUGCUCUUAUCAUCGGAGCUAUCGCCAUGACCACCGGCACCGAUAUCUCGUCCUUAGAAACAAGGUACAUGUAUUCUUGUCAGGCUAGAGAAGUUCCACCUAAUAAACAAGUUCUGUCAGCUCUUUUCAAGGCCAAGUUGAAAAAAGCCCGCCAUGAGGUGUGUAGCUUAGUGAUUUUGCUGGAUGACAUCAAGGAUACUGAUUUCCACCCACUGCUCGAUUUGUUGACCGAAGCUGAUCUUUCUGAGAUUGAUGCAGUAGAUAUUAUAAAUAGAUCUGUCUGCAUCCUGAGUUGGGAGUAUCUUCUUGCUUUGGUGCGUGCUAGCAGUAGGAAGCUUCGAGUUGUUGAUCUCCAGGAUAUAUUGUUUGGAAAGGACUUCUUGCUGGAUCUUGCUCAACGCGGCUUACCGUGCCAAGUCCUAAAUCUGAGGUCCUCCCAUUUCCGAAAGCUUAACAUGAUUGGGAAUUUUACGCGGAUGCACACUCUUAAUUUGGAUUUCAGUGCAUCACUUAUGAAUUUCCGUGAGGACUGUUUUACCUGUAUGCCAAAUUUGAAGUUCCUCUCAUUGUGCGAGACAAGAAUCAUUAAUUUAUGGACUACCGCUGCUGCACUUGUGAAACUCCCUUCCUUAGUUGAAUUACGCUUUCAGCAUUUCUUACAAGAUGAUGAAGCACAGAAGCAUGCUGCAUCAGAUAGAAGGAAUGAUUACUGGGAUUCAGAUCAUAUGGAGACUAGUAUUCGUGAUGAAGCACCAUCAGUUAGUGGUGAAAAUAUCAUGUAUAGGCUUUUUAAUGAAGAAGACCAAUAUUUGAAUAAUACUGAUAUGAAUCUUGAUGUGAGUAGCGAAACAGAAGAUUCAUCUGAUGACAGUGAAGUGGACUUUUCAAGUCAGGAUCGUGAAACGAGUUUCAUGGAACUCUUGCCUGAUGUACCUCCUGGUUGGGAGGAUCUGGUUGAUCUGCGAAAUGAGGUGUCUUUUGGAACGUUGGAGAUGCAGGAUGACGAAGAACCCUUCUUCCGGUUGUCUGACACACGGCUUCCUUACAUUACUCCAAAGAAGUGUAUAUCUCAUAAUCCUUCACCCAUAUGUUUUGAAAAAUUCUAUCGAGAGUACAUGAUAGUUUCACUGCCAAACCUGAAAAUUCUUGACAACUUACAUAUUAGGAAGGUUGACAGAGAAAGGGCCAAAUUGAUCUUCUCACAAAAAUUUGAGCACCUACCAUAUAAGAGGAAGUAUAAGGAGAGUGUUGUCAGCAUUCUGCAAAAGCGUGAGAUUAGAGCAAACCAUACUCAUGGGCCCUCUCCUAGGCAAAAGUCGCAAUACUUUUAUUCUAGGUCAUUGUCUGCUGCAAAAGUUGGUUCUGUUGCUUGGCCUGCCCUUCGUCCCCUCUCGAUCGUGGGCACCACAACAAGAGAUGAUAGAAGAAGCUACCGACCACGCCAAUUUGAGUAUCAUCCAUCUGAUGCAAGCCUUAUGGUUUUUGGAACAUUGGAUGGUGAAGUAAUUGUUAUCAACCAUGAGAGUGAAAAAAUUGUCAGUUAUAUUCCCUCACUUGGAGCAAUGAACAGUGUUCUGGGUUUAUGCUGGCUCAAAAAUUAUCCCUCCAAGGUCAUUGCUGGUUCUGAUAAUGGUUCACUUAGAUUAUAUGACAUCCGGUUGAUGCCUACAACAGCCACAGGUAGUCAUCAGAGCACAGGUUCAAUUAUGUUUGAUGACUUUGACCAGUUAACAUCUGUUCAUGUCAACUCUACCGAUGAAUUAUUUCUUGCAAGUGGAUACUCAAAACAUGUUGCUCUGUACGACAUUAGCAGUGGCAGACGGUUGCAGGUGUUUGAUGAUAUGCAUCGAGAACAUAUAAAUGUCGUUAAAUUUGCACACCACUCUCCAUCUAUUUUUGCCACCUCAUCAUUUGAUCGGGAUGUUAAGUUGUGGGAUUUAAGACAGAAACCAAACCAGCCUUGCUACACUGCUUUAAGUUCUCGAGGGAAUGUGAUGGUUUGCUUUUCCCCUGAUGACCAAUAUCUUCUUGUAUCCGCUGUUGACAAUGAGGAAAUGAUAAAUUCAUAAUGCGGAUAACAUAUUUGGCCAAAACCUUACCUUGGAAGAGGAACAUGGAGAAACGUCACCUGUAUGCGCUAGCUGCUACACAAAGAAUUGGCCAAUGCAACAGGAGAAAAGAGACUCAAGUACUGGCUACGCUCUACAGAAUGAGGAUUGAUGUUUUAUACAUGCAGCAAAGCUUCUAUUAAGUGUGGCAGGAAGAGGACAAUCGUUCAGGAUCAGCUUCCUGGACUAUAUCCCAGGAGGCAUGUUCCUGUGAAACCAAAGAUUGAUAUGCAAAAAGAGAGCAAGAACUUCUAAAAGCAUUUAAAAUUCUCAAUUCUAUGACUCUUCUCUUACCAUGUUGUUGAAGCAUCUAUAAAGCUCUUAGCCAGUCGUUUUUAACUGAGGAAUAACUUCUUCUUCCCCUAAUUUUCUUUGAGAAGUUGAAAGAACUUCUAACUUUGUUCCAUAAAAAUUAUGGCCCACCAUUCAUGUGGAGGAGUUCUAGGACUGUUCUAAGCGGAAUAUGUACCAAACUGACAUAAUACAAAGUAAAAUGAAAAGAUU